CGGGGUGUUUCCCAUGUUCAAUAAUAUUAAUUUUUACCCUAUCCCAUAAGAAAAGGGAUAUGAGGAAGGUGUGGAAGAAUAUCUGGAGUAGUAAGGCGCUGAAGAUAGUAGCAGAGGAAAUGAAUUGUAAUGAGUUGCUAUUACUUGUGCAAGGAAUAGAACGUGAAUAGAAACCACCUGCUGUUGCAUACCAAAUUUACAGGACAGAUAUUGACCAUAGUAUUCUCGUUCUUCAUCUCGGGGUUAUUAUCGGAUACAAUGGAUGAAGCAAUGACGUAAUGAGGCUACAGAAGAUUGGGAGUGAAAGGGAAAUAGCUUUGGGAAUAGCACCAUUAUAUCUAUUUUUUGGACUAUCUAGAUAUAUAGAUUUAAGGUUUUUUCUUAGUAGGGAGAGAGAUAUAAGAAAUAUCUGAAGGUCAUUUCAUUCUGUUCAUACUAAUGGUGAAAAGAGAAUUUCCAGUUGCUAGAUAGUUUGGUUGAUUUGAUAAAUGACUGAUAUAUGCAAAGAAAAAAAAGGUUUUGGUGUAAACAAAUGUACCCAUUUUGUAUGAAUUAGUUUGUUUUAUGUAUCGAACUAACAUUUUCUUGUUUGCAAGUUUAAAUAACACUCAAAAGGAUAGGGGAAACUGGAAAAGCGUGCCAAUUUGCUAACAUAAUGAUACACAGCAUUUUAUUUGAAUUUACCUUUCUGAGUGCAUUCAGCCUACUGAUUUCAGUUUCCCAUCUCGCGAAAUUUGGGAAACUAAUUGUGUUGCACUUCUGCAGCUACAUUAUGGUAUCUUCUGCUCUUAGCAAAACUCAUAGAAGUUCCUCUUGUUUGCUCAUUUGUGAAAAGUCAUAUAUGAUCCUUCUCAAUGCAAUAUAACAACAUGUUGUGUUUGGUAUGAGUAGUCCGUAAAAUUUUAACUUUGCAGCUCAUUGUGUGUUUGUGUUUCUGUUGAAAUUCUGAAUCUCGGUAUACAUCUUGUCAAAAUUCUGAUCAUGGAAAUUUGAAGGCCUGUUCCUAAGAUGUUGUUCACAAGGGGAGGGGUUGCUGCUGCUACAUUCAUGUUUGGCUUUCUUUCGUAGAUUUCUGGAGGUUGCUCGUUAAAAUCCUAUCCAGACCUCUGCGGUACUUAGGUUGCUCGUUAAAAUCCUAUCCAGACCUCCAUGGUACUUAGGAUGUACUUUAACAAUUCUUAGCCCAAGGCUUGCAGUCUUAACCAUGGGAAGGCGGGGAACCAGAUCUUUUGGCCUGUAUCCAAUUUAACUUCCCAUUCUGAUUUCGUUUUCACUCAUUUCGAAGUGGAUAGCGCUCUAGUUUUCAGUAUGUAUGCUUUAAAUUUGUCAUGUUCUAUUUGAUUUAAGUAUAACUUCAGAAGCUCUAUAAGACUGAAUUGAGGAUGAAACUUCUCCAAAAACCACGUAUGUUGAAGUUGUUUGCUCUAAUAUAUGUGUUACUGUACUUGUAAAACAAGUGUAAAUGAUAACUGGAUAAAACUAAGAAAUAAUGCUCAAUAGAUGAAGGGAAUUGUUAGAUAAAGAGAAGUUUCUGUUAGUUGAGAUAACUUUCUUACUGAUGUUAUAUUAAGGGUUGGCAUGAUUAUGAGCAUAGUUUGAUUGUGAAUAUCUUUGCCUUUGCUGGGGUUUUCAACUAUCCUGUAAAGGCACUGUUUUUCUACCAGAUGACCUAUAAAACUUGGUGUCCAUCAUAUGAUAAACAUGACGGGGUGCAAUUAACAUUCUUGGGGUCACAUCAACAUAUUUUAUGGAACAUUGAAGUCCCACUUCAGUCAAAUUGUCUCUAUAUAUUUGCAUGUUUGUCUAAAACAAUUAUGGAUGUGACACCAACAUAGAUCCAAUGUUUUAUUACAAGAACUGGAAUUCCUUACAUUUUUCCGAUAACCAUGUUUUUAUUAACUUAAACAACAGCCGUUAUGCAGUUUUUACGAACUGGAUGAACAAUAUGCUAUAAUGGAACACAUUAGAUCUACCUAGGUCGUGAAUGUUAAAGCAGGUUCUGCAUGGAUUAGAUGAUCGAUAAACCGAUAAGGAGAGUAAAGAAGUAUGAAAUUGUGGCCUAUAGUAGCAGUAAAACAAACCAUAGCUGCAUAGGACACUUCAUAGGCUUUUGCUAUUGUUCCAGGCACAAGUUUGUGUGGCCUGGUUAUCUGGAACCCAGAUAUGAAGAGCCGGAGAAAGGUGGCUUCUUUUGGUGUAGUUUUGGCUUUGAGAGUAAAACUGCCUAGGAUAUUGCCAAUGGUAUGAAUAAUAGGAGAGAUUUAUCCCUUAUUUUUCGAUAGAUUCUUUAUUAAGAUGGGAAAAAGAUGGCUGUCUGUUGCCAUAGAAAUAUAAUUCUUCUAGUUGUCUGAUGCCAUGCCUGUAGCUCUUGGAAACUACCAAAGGAAGAUGGUAUCUUGUCUCUCUUUAUGAAACAAAUGAACAUUGACAUCUAAUGUACGAUAAACAGGAGUUUACCCUGUCAAUUUGUGAUCGAUAGUAAACAUUGUUAGACCUAUUAUUUUGCUUCAUUACCUUUUGGGGGUCAACCUGCAAAGGAAAAGUGCUAAAAUUUAUAUGACCAAAGAUGUGACACUAUAAGAUUCUUCUCCAAUGUCGAUGCGAGUAGUUUCAAAUAAAUGAUAGAAUAAACUUGGAUUCCCUUUUAAGCUCACAAGUUUCAAGUGUCAUGCAGUUUUGACUUCACCUUGAAAAGGGAUCAAUGUCAGUUACAGUUAAAAAAAAAGCAUGAAAUGUCAGUUAUUGGCACUCCAAACCAAAUGAAAAUAUAUCUUUUCCUGACUCACUUGUGAUGCAGAUGUGAUAAGCACCAAAUCAUAGCAACUUUUUUUUACCUAAGGCAUCUAUGGUGGACUCUCAUAUGGAAGUUCAUUUAUAGGGAUCUCAUGAGCAAGAUAGGCUUCAGUGUCUGAGAUCUACUUUAAAUGCAAGAAUGGAAAAUCGAUACAAAUCUUUGUGUCAUAUCUUUUGGUCAGAUCCACGCAUUUUUUCUGUUUUCGCCACCGCUGUAGAUUCUCUGUAUGCUAUCUCAUAUGUUUUUUAUAUCCAGUUUUCGGUGUUCUUAGUGCUUCGUCCAGUGAGAAAAGAACUACAGAGAAAAAUCAAGUUUAGAGGCACUCCAAAAAGUCCUGAAAUCUGGUCCAGGGAAAGAUCUUUCAGAGUUCUACCAGGACAAGGAAGGGAAGCAAUUAAUCUUAUCCAAGUGCAAAAUGUCUGAGCAACUCCCAAAGUUUAGUAAAAAGCAAUUUAAGACUCAAGAGCAAAAAAGAGCAUCUUCAAGUCCCAAGGAUCAUUCUUCUAGAAAGCAGCACAGGAAAGGGGAAAACCCUCUCCGAAUCCCACCAGCUACAGAGCCGUGUGAAGAUGUGAAAUGUUCAAAUUCAUGGAUCUGCAAAAAUGCCGCAUGCCGGGCCACUAUUUCGAUUGAUGACAAUUUUUGCAAAAGGUGCUCUUGUUGCAUUUGUCACUUAUUUGAUGAUAACAAGGAUCCUAGUCUUUGGUUGGAGUGCACAUCUGAAUCUGGUCAGGGGGGCUCAUGUGGCUUGACUUGCCACAUUGAGUGUGCCCUCCAACGUGAGAAGGUGGGAGUUGUUGAUCUAGGACAACUGAUGCAGCUAGAUGGGAGCUAUUGUUGUGCUUCUUGUGGUAAAGUCUCAGGAAUUCUUGGGUUUUGGAAGAAACAGCUUUGUGUAGCUAAGGAUGCUCGUCGUGUUGACAUCCUCUGCUACAGAAUAUACUUGAGUUACAGGCUCCUGGACGGGACAUCCAGAUUUAAAGAGCUCCAUGAAAUUGUUAAAGAAGCCAAGGCCAAAUUGGAGAUGGAAGUGGGCCCAGUGAAUGGAGUAUCAUCGAAGAUGGCUCGGGGAAUUGUUAGCAGACUUUCUAUUGCCAGCGAUAUUCAGUCAUUGUGCUCGAUUGCCAUUGAGAAAGCUGAUGAAUGGUUGACAACAAAGACUAACAAACCUUCUAAUUCCUCAGAGGGUUCACUUCCUGCAGCGUGCAAAUUUCUUUUUGAGGAAGUGACGUCAACUUCGGUUGUAAUUGUUCUGAUAGAAGUAUCCGCUGAAUCUUCUGAAGAUGUCAAGGGCUACAAGCUCUGGUACUGCAAGGCCAGAGAAGACACUUAUACACAAGAACCUGUUUGUGUCUUUCCAAGAACUCAGCGAAGGAUUUUGAUAUCGAAUUUACAGCCUUGCACAGAGUAUUCUUUUCGGAUAGUUUCCUAUACAGACAUCAGUGAUGUGGGACACUCUGAGGCGAAGUGUUUCACAAAGAGUAUUGAGAUAAUACACAGGAAGUCUAAUUCAGUAGCAGGACACAAAAGGAAGGUGAAUCAGGAUACUGGAGGAAACUCUGGCUCCAAAGAGGGCUACUACACUGGAAAAGACAUUGAGUUUGAUUCUGGAUUCAAGGUCCGAGACCUUGGUAAAAUUCUAAGACUGGCAUGGGCUCAACAGCAAGGAUGUUUGGAGGGAUUUUGUGGACCUUCAUUUGCAAAAUGCUGUGAGUCUUGUAGUACUGUUAAGCCUGAACCUGUACAGGAAGAGAGGAAGCCAUCUACUUCUCGCCAGCUUGACUUAAAUGUUGCUUCAGUACCCGAUUUAAAUGAAGAGUUAACCCCCUCGUCCAGAGAUGAAGAUAAUGGCUGCACUUUAGGGCAGACUGUUGAAGCAGUUGAUGAUGCCACCUCUCAUGACAAUGAGAGGAAUGGUCUUGCCGGAUCACAUGGUAGCGGAGAUUCCCAGAACUGGAACCAGGGGAAGAAUGGAGAUGUGUCUGCUGUUGGUUCUCAGAUGGAAGAUUUUCGGAAGAGGGGAACUAGCAAUAAUCGUGAGGCACAUGACUCUGAUAGCACCUUGGUCAAUGGUUCACCUAUCCGAAUUCGUACAGGGGGCUUGGAUGAGAACUUUGAAUACUGUGUUAAGAUCAUCCGUUGGCUGGAAUGUCAGGGUUUGAUCGAGAAGGAGUUCAGGUUAAAGUUGCUUACUUGGUUUAGCUUGAGAUCAACGGAGCAGGAGCGUAGGGUGGUAAAUACCUUCAUUCAAACACUAAUUGAUGAUCCAGGUAGCUUGGCUGGUCAACUGGUUGAUACCUUUUCAGAAAUGAUAUCCAGCAAGAGGCCACCGAAUGGUUUUUGUUGUAAGCUUUGGCAUUAACUUGUGAAGCACAUAAAGGAUAAAAAACUGGUACCCAGGUUCAAAAUUGAUUCAGACCAUAGUCUUCGCAGACCAUCUUACUCUUCUGUACAUUUUUUUCUCUAUAUUUUGUAGUGAAAUGAUUCAUUCAUGUAGGGACAAACCUGUCCAGCUACAAGAUUUGGGUUGUUAUUCAUGUGGGCAGUUCAUGACUUUUUCUCCAUGGGGGAGAAUUAGAUUUAAUGAAUUCACAUUUGUAGGAAACAAUGUCUCAUUUCUCUUCUUUGAUUGCAUUUGAGGCAUUGACUUUUGGUACUUAUUCGGGAUGCAGAUAUAGCGACAAGCAAAAAAAGAUGAGCGAUGA